GAGAAUGACAGGAGCAAGAUUUGUCAAUGAAAAUGAGACCUUUUUGUCUUGGUCUUGGUUGAUUCUAAUUUUAUUACCAAAUAAAAAUAAAAAUAAUAAAAAUGGAAAAUAGAAUAUUUUUAGGCAAUCACGUUUGGACGCGUUUAACUUUCCUAUGUUGCCUCCACAGUCCACUUCUUGGUCCCCUCUCUCCCGUUGUACCAAAAAGGCAAAUUCCCUCUUUUUCUUAAUUUAUUUAAUUAAUUUCUUUUCCAUUUCAAAAUUCUAUUUCCAUAUUUUCUCCUUCUUUCCCCACCGAUAUCGCACUACCACCGUAUUUUCUCUCUCUUGUUCUUCUGAUUCCAACAUGAAAUCGGCCCACCGCCAUAUCUCUCUUCUUCCAUGAAACCGCGCCACCGCCACCACCACCACUACCCUCCAUGGCCACUACCAUGUUGCCCAUUUCUCGUCUUCUUCUUCUUCUUCUUCUUCUUCUGCUUCAAACCCUUCUUCUGAUAACCACAAUUGAAGAACCCAUUGAAGAAUUUUCAGCCGAAAACGAAACCCAGUUCUUUAACAGGCCCCAAGUUUCCAACUUUCCCAUUGCUUCAAAUCCCACUCCAAACUCGCUCACAGAGUCUUCCUUACUCGCAUCGCUUCAAUACCCAAUACUGGGAAAAAGCAAAGUUGUGGUAUUUGGGAACUCGACUCUCUCAAGCGCGAACAAGACCUUCUCUCUCGGCUUCAUCUCCACCAAUGGCGAUAAACCCAACUGGUACUUGGGCAUUCGGUACGCUUCGAUUCCAGUCCCGACCUGCGUCUGGGUCGCAAACCGAGAGAGACCCAUCAAGAAUCUCACUUUCUCAAGCUUAGAAAUCUCCGGGUCGGGUCGACUGGUGGUCAAGGACCCGGGUAAUUCGAUCGUGUGGUCGAGCACGAACACGGAGAUUGGUGUUGACGUUCAGCUUUUGGACAGUGGCAAUCUGGUUUUGCUCACCCAAGGAGGCACGGUCGCGUGGCAGAGCUUCGAUUACCCGACUGACACGUGGCUUCCCGGCAUGAACUUGACGAGCGAGCGAGCGUUGACGAGUUGGCGAAGCUACAGAGACCCCUCGCCGGGUUCGUAUUCUCUGCGGCUGAGACCACCGAACUACGGUGAGUUUGAGCUGCUUUUCAAUGGCACUGUAGUUUACUGGAGAACUGGGAAUUGGACCGGUAACGGGUUCAUAAAUGUGCCUGAGAUGUUGGUGCCUUACAUCUAUAAGUUCCAUUUUAUCGACCCGUUUAAGCCAACGGCGUCGUUCGGGUUCACCGAGGAGUCGUUGGAUAACGGGUUGGACCCGCCGCUGACCCGGUUCCAGAUGGACGUUUCGGGUCAGCUCCGGCAGUUCACUUGGGCAACCCAGAGCUGGAACAUGUUCUGGUCUCAGCCUGAGAACAAGUGCAGAGUGUUUGGCCUGUGUGGGGCUUUUGGGGUUUGCAGUGGUGAAGCACUUAGGCCCUGUGAAUGCCUCGCCGGUUUUAAUCCUGUGGAUGAGCCUAGUUGGAACUAUGGGGACUACUCUGGUGGCUGCCACUGGAUGGCUGAAGAUGGUGAGUCUUGUGAUGAGAGGGGUGAUGGGUUUGACAAAGUUGGUGUUGUGAGCUAUGAAGGUUCUUACUUUAAGUCAUAUAGAACUACUUUGGAUGAUUGCCAAAGCACAUGCUUGGAAAUUUGUUCUUGCAUAGGGGUCAACUACGAUGGCAAUAGUACCGUGUGUAAAGUUUAUUAUGGGUCUCUCUCGAAUUUGAAGAAUUUGAGCUCUGAUGGUGCGGCCGGUGAGGUCUUCUAUUUAAAGGUACAGAAAAAGUUGAAGGUUGAGAUCAAGAAGCAGUUGAAUCCUGUAGUUUUGAGUGCUAGCAUUGUUGGGUCGGUUGCGGGUUUGGGGUUUGUGGUGGUGCUGGUGAUGGUUUUGAUUUGGAGAAGAGAGAAGAAGAAGAAGGAAAUAAAAGAAGGGGUUGUUCAACUUCAGCAGGCCUCAAAUUUGAAGGUGUUUUCUUAUAAAGAACUUCACACUGCAACACGGGGUUUUUCAGACAAACUUGGGCAUGGUGGCUUUGGAGCAGUUUUCCAUGGGGAGUUAUCAGAUUCUACUGUUGUUGCUGUGAAACGCUUGGACAGGCCAGGUGGUGGAGAGAAAGAAUUCCAAGCCGAAGUUUGCACCAUUGGGAACAUUCAACAUGUCAAUCUUGUGAGACUUAGAGGUUUCUGCUCAGAAAAUUCUCAUAGACUUUUAGUUUAUGAAUACAUGCCAAAUGGUGCUCUCAGUGCGUAUCUACGUCGAGAGGGUCCAAAUUUGAGUUGGGAUGUUAGGUUUCGUCUAGCAGUUGGUAUGGCAAGAGGCAUUGCAUAUUUACAUGAGGCGUGUAGAGAUUGCAUACUCCAUUGUGAUAUCAAACCUGAAAACAUUUUGCUUGAUAGUGAUUACACCGCGAAGGUGUCAGAUUUUGGGUUAGCAAAAUUACUUGGCCGGGACUUUAGUCGGGUAUUAGCCACAAUGAGGGGUACCUGGGGCUAUGUGGCGCCAGAGUGGAUAUCUGGUGUGGCAAUCACCACAAAAGCCGAUGUUUACAGCUACGGAAUGACAUUGAUAGAAUUACUUGGGGGGCGCAGAAAUGUGGAGGCACGCCGAUCUGAAGGUGGCAGAGAGGGUGGAGGUGAAAAAACCGACAGUUGGUUCUUUCCUCCCUGGGCAGCACAGCAGAUAAUUGAGGGCAAUGUGAGGGCAGUACUUGAUGAUAGGCUCGGCUGCACAUAUAGUAUUGAGCAGGCAGAGCGUGUUGCAUUGGUGGCAGUGUGGUGUAUACAAGAUUCUGAGGCAAUGAGGCCUACAAUGGGCAUGGUAGUAAAGAUGUUGGAAGGGGUGGUGGAAGUGACUGUUCCUCCAGCUCCCAAAUUGUUGCAAGCACUGGUUUCAGGGGAGUCUUUUUGUGGGAUAAAGGCUGAUUCUGGAAUUGGGUUGUCUAAUGGCAGCGACUUCUCCGGUUAUAACACGAGAUUAUCUAGUUGUGGUUCAGAAUCGUCUCUUGGUAAUGGCUCCUCCCUAGUGAAUGAGAUUGAGCACGAUAACCAGAGAAGUUCAGUGGCAUUUACUGACCAAGGCUAAUAAAUUCCAAACCACAUUCUUCACAACAGGUUUUUUUUUUCUUUUCAUGUAAAGAAAACUGCAAAGAGAUCUUUUGUAGAGUAUGAUGAUGUAUAUAAUGUUUCUGCUAGUGGAAAGUUUUGCCUCUGAAAUUACAUCUUUACAAGAUUU